UGAAGGACUGGGCCACCCGCAUUGUAAAACAAGGUAGUUCGCCAUUCCUCGUCUCGUUUCACACCCCGGGCACCGCUUAGCGUUGCGCGCUACGCCCGAUUGGUGCGAGGCGCUGUCGCUCAUGUCGAGCUGAGGAGAAUUGAAAGCGGUGCCAGACAUUCCUGCCCUUUAUCACCCCAGCUGUGCGCUGUUCCCUUCGUUUUCCAUUUGCACUCAUCAGCACCACACCAACAGUCUACUGGACCCUCGCCAUCCGUAGUGCCAGCCCGUUGACCGCUGCACGUCAUGGCGUACAACCAGCAAAACUAUGGGGAUGCCCAUAACAACGAAUACACUCCCGGCAGGCACGACGAGGACGAGGUCGGUCGCUCUCUCCUGCACGAGAAUGCGGCAGGCACCAAUCACGACCCCUUCUACGGCCACCCUGAGAACCGCCCACACUCAACCUACAGCCUGACAGAGACAUACGCGACCGACCGCCCGACACAGCACCCAGCCGAGGCGCACGGCGGGUCCGAUGUCUACUCAGCGACUGGCGGCUAUGAGCCUGCUGCUGACUUUGGCGCUCCCAACCGUGCGCCCUCCCCAUACCAGAGGAGCGAGACCAGCUCAACCGAGGCCUGGCGACAGCGCCAGCAGCCCGGAGGUGCGGUCGCCGCUGCUGGCGGUCUCAAGCGUGGUAUGACGCGCAAGGUCAAGCUCGUUCAGGGCUCCGUCUUGUCCGCAGACUACCCCGUGCCCUCUGCUAUCCAGAACGCCAUCCAGGCCAAGUACCGCAACGAUCUCGAGAGCGGCAGCGAGGAGUUCACACACAUGCGCUACACCGCCGCGACAUGUGACCCCAACGACUUCACCCUGAAAAACGGCUACAAUCUGCGCCCGGCCAUGUACAAUCGUCACACCGAGCUUUUGAUUGCUGUGACAUAUUACAACGAAGACAAGGUCCUCACCGCCCGUACUCUGCACGGUGUCAUGCAGAACAUCCGUGACAUUGUCAACCUCAAGAAGUCCGAGUUCUGGAACAAGGGAGGCCCAGCCUGGCAGAAGAUUGUCGUCUGCUUGGUUUUCGACGGUAUCGACCCCUGCGACAAGGGCACACUUGAUUUGCUUGCUACCGUUGGUAUCUACCAGGAUGGUGUCAUGAAGAAGGACAUCGACGGCAACGAGACCGUUGCUCACAUUUUCGAAUACACCACCCAGCUGUCCGUCACACCCAACCAGCAGUUGAUCCGUCCCCACGACGAUAGCGCCAGCACGCUCCCUCCCGUCCAGAUGAUGUUCUGCCUGAAGCAGAAGAACACGAAGAAGAUCAACUCCCACAGAUGGCUGUUCACUGCCAUUGGUCGCAUUCUGAACCCUGAAGUCUGCAUCCUGCUCGACGCUGGUACCAAGCCCGGCCCCAAGUCCCUCCUCGCUCUUUGGGAGGCUUUCUACAACGACAAGGACCUUGGUGGUGCUUGUGGUGAAAUUCAUGCAAUGCUUGGCAAGGGCUGGAAGAACCUGCUCAACCCGCUCGUUGCGUCCCAGAACUUCGAGUACAAGAUCAGUAAUAUUCUCGACAAGCCACUGGAAUCGUCUUUCGGAUAUGUUUCUGUCUUGCCCGGUGCUUUCUCUGCCUACCGCUACCGCGCCAUCAUGGGACGUCCGCUCGAGCAGUACUUCCACGGUGACCACACCCUGGCCAAGAUUCUCGGAAAGAAGGGUAUCGAGGGCAUGAACAUUUUCAAGAAGAACAUGUUCUUGGCUGAAGAUCGUAUUCUCUGUUUCGAGCUGGUCGCCAAGGCUGGUUCUAAGUGGCAUCUUACCUACGUGAAGGCCUCCAAGGGUGAGACUGACGUGCCCGAAGGCGUUGCUGAAUUCAUCGGACAGCGUCGUCGUUGGUUGAACGGUUCCUUCGCUGCCGGUAUCUACUCACUUCUCCACUUCGGCCGCAUGUACAAGUCUGGCCACAACUUCGUCCGCAUGUUCUUCCUCCACAUCCAGAUGAUCUACACCAUCUGUAACACCAUCCUUGCUUGGUUCUCCAUGGCUUCCUUCUAUCUCACUACCAUUGUCAUUAUGUCUCUCGUCGGUACGAAGACGGACUCACGAAGCGCCUGGCCUUUCGGAAACCAAGUCACUCCCAUCUUCAACGUCGUCGUCACCUACAUCUACCUGGCUUUCCUCGGUCUUCAGUUCAUUCUGGCCUUCGGUAACCGUCCCAAGGGUUCCGUUUGGUCUUACCUGAUCUCGUUUUCCGUCUUCGCCUUGAUUCAGUUCUACAUUGUCAUCCUGUCCAUCUAUCUUGUCGUCCAGGCCUUCACGAGCCCGACAUCGCAGAAACUCGACACGUCGUCCGCAUCCGCAUUCGCCGACUCAUUCUUCUCGUCAAGUGGUGUCGGUAUCAUUAUCAUUGCGCUCGCGGCUACCUUCGGUCUCUACUACGUCGCCUCGUUCAUGUACAUGGACCCAUGGCACAUGUUCACCUCGUUCCCUCAGUACCUCCUGAUCAUGUCUUCCUACGUCAACAUUCUCAACGUCUACGCGUUUUCCAACUGGCACGAUGUCUCUUGGGGUACCAAGGGUUCCGACAAGGCUGAGGCUCUUCCCUCCGCGAAGACAGAGAAGGGUGCGGAUGGAAAGACAACGGUAAUUGAAGAACCGGAUCUUCCGCAGGCCGAUAUCGACUCUCAGUUCGAGGCCACCGUAAAGCGUGCUCUUGCACCUUACGUUCCUCCUGUUGAGGAUAACGAAAAGACCCUGGAAGAUUCGUACAAGGCUUUCCGUACUCACCUAUGUACGCUCUGGAUCGGUUCCAACGUUCUGCUCGCUGUCAUCGUCACCCAGGACAGUUUUGAUCGUUUCGGUUUCUCAUCGUCCGCUACCACUCGUACUGCCCACUUCUUCCAGGCCCUCCUGUGGGCGACCGCUGGUCUGGCUGUAGUCCGUUUCCUCGGAUGUAUGUGGUUCCUCGGGCGCACCGGAAUCUUUGCCUGCGUACGCCGCAGAUAGAGACAAUCGGGGCCAUUUUGAAGUUCUUGGCGUCGUUGCGGACAUUUUCUGGAUUGUCCGAGCUUCUCCGGGACCAAGUUACGACCACCUUGCGC